GUGCUGAAGAAGGAAGAAAAAAAAAAGAAAUUUCACAUCAUUGUUUUUUAUACACAUCAGCAACCAUGUGUCCUUUUGUUAGUGGAUGAGAGUAAAAUAUGCACGCCACGUCAACGGCUGACAGCAUAGUACUAAUGUUGAAGCAUGAUCAAGCGGAUUCACCGGAGAAGGAAGUGUAAUAACCAAAUGCCGCACCACUCCAACGUUGCAAAGACUUUGCGAAGAUUUGUGGACAGCGAUGAUGAUUAUAGUGGUGUUGAAGGAAUUGCCAGGUUUUGCGCAUCUGGGGAGGAGACAUCCACGGAUCCAGGAUCUAAAAAUAACCAAACAAACCCCACCCCCAACAUGUGGAAGCACAACCUGUCUCCUCUCUGCUUAAUGCUCUGACAGCCAAGUUCAUGUUUAACCACUCACACCCCUCGCGUAUAUAACAUAUGCCCUUCUCUUAUGUUCCUCUUACAAUCCUUUCUCUCUCUACCUCUGCAGGUACGCUGUCCUUCUUGCUUGCAUCGGCACUGAUUUCUUCCUUGUGCUUCCUCACAAGAGCCUGUAUAAAAUUAUAGCAUCUUUCUUUGAUCCUGGCGCAGUUUAGUGUAGCCUAUUUACUUGUUAGGCGAACUCUCUCACCAAGUCGAAAUGAGUGAAGGUGAUGGAAGCCCUUCAGAUCGACCAGUCCCGCGCCUGAAUGAGCGGAUUCUUUCCUCAUUGUCAAGGAGAUCCGUUGCUGCUCAUCCUUGGCAUGAUCUUGAAAUUGGACCUGAAGCUCCCCAAGUUUUCAAUUGUGUUGUUGAGAUAACAAAGGGAAGCAAGGUCAAGUAUGAACUUGACAAGAAGACUGGACUCAUCAAGGUUGACAGGAUAUUAUACUCAUCUGUAGUCUAUCCUCAUAACUAUGGCUUCAUUCCCCGAACAUUAUGUGAAGACAAUGAUCCGCUUGAUGUAUUAGUUCUCAUGCAGGAACCAGUCGUUCCCGGUUGCUUUCUACGUGCAAGAGCCAUUGGACUGAUGCCCAUGAUUGACCAGGGAGAAAAAGAUGAUAAAAUAAUCGCAGUCUGCGCUGAUGAUCCGGAAUAUAAGCACUAUACCGACAUCAAACAGCUCCCACCUCACCGCCUUUCAGAAAUACGCCGCUUUUUUGAAGAUUACAAGAAGAACGAGAACAAGGAGGUCGCUGUGAAUGAUUUUCUACCCUCAUCUACCGCAACUGGAGCCAUUCAGUAUUCCAUGGAUCUUUAUGCAGAAUACAUAUUGCACACCUUGAGGCGAUAGACAAGUGUUGCUGGUGGCCCAUUCAAUCUUUGAAGAUAUUGAGGUGUUACAUCAAUUUUUUUUUUUGUUGGGGUAUGAAUAACUUGCAAUUGUCUGGUUGCUUGGACAUUUUGGUCCAGUCCAGGAUGGAGAAUAAGCAUUGUAUUAUGAUGGAUUGUCUAAGAUGGUAAUAAUGUAUUGUUGGGACAGAGGAAGAUGCUAUAUCUAGCAUUGAGGUUCAAUCUCCGAAAUCAAGAAGCUUUUCAUUCUUA